AUGUCAAAAGCAGUCGAAGCCGUUGUUUCCAACAAGAAACCAGAGCAACUGUCUGGUCUCCAACUGUAUUCCCGCUUCGCUUUCGCUGGUGCCGUCUGCUGUGGUGUUACCCACGGUGCAUUGACUCCCGUUGAUGUGUAAGUAUCUCUUUUUUCUUCUUUGUUUGUCGAGUCUUCCUCUACAUCGAAACCUUCUUGGCGGUCGGAUCUGCGGAACCCGGUUAGAUGCAUGGGGCUCUUGGAGCCACUGAUUGGGCUAUGGAUGGGGGAGGGGGGGUACGGGGUGGCCGUUUGACCGUGAAUAAUGAUGGUUGGAGUUCUUGUCUGGAAAGAUGCCUCGCGAAACUGCUACGCAUUUAUCGGGGACGGGAUCUCGCUUUACUUUAUCUGGCAAAAGUUUAUUUAUAUCCCCGCAAAGGACCUGAUAGAUCGAAGUUCUGACACUGGGUUCUUCUCUUGCCAGUGUAAAAACCCGCAUCCAGCUUGACCCCGUUACCUACAACCGUGGCCUUGUCGGCGGCUUCAAGCAGGUCGUUCAGAAUGAGGGCGCCGGGGCUCUGUUGACCGGUUUUGGUCCUACAUGUGCUGGAUACUUCUUGCAGGGAGCAUUCAAAUUUGGAGGGUACGAGCUCUUCAAGCAGCAGAGCAUUAACAUUCUUGUGAGCAUAUUUUCUCUCCUUCUGCUAGGAUAACAACCCCGUGGCUGGGUUCUCAUAUAUGGCAAACUAGGGAUAUGACACCGCUAGACAAAAUCGAACAGCUGUCUACCUUGCCUCUUCGGCACUUGCCGAAUUCUUUGCCGAUAUUGCCCUUUGCCCGUUGGAGGCUACCCGCAUCCGUCUAGUUUCCCAACCAGAAUUCGCUUCUGGUCUCCUCUCGGGCUUCGGCAAGAUCUUGAAGAACGAGGGUGUUGGUGCUUUCUACUCCGGAUUCGGGCCCAUCCUGUUCAAGCAGGUCCCAUACACUAUGGCCAAGUUUGUCGUGUACGAGAAGGUUGCCGAGACUGUCUACUCCCACUGGGAUAAGAAGUCCAUGUCCGACGGCGCUCAGACUACCGUCAACUUGGGAUCCGGUCUGAUCGCUGGUUUUGCGGCUGCCAUUGUCUCCCAACCCGCUGAUACCAUGCUUUCAAAGAUCAACAAGACCAAGGGACUUCCUGGGGAGGGAACCACUAGCAGAUUGGUCAAGAUCGCUAAGGAAUUGGGGUUCAGGGGUUCGUACACCGGUAUCGGUGCUCGUCUGUUCAUGGGUCGGUUUAUCCUAAUCCCCUUUCCUGCUUCCGUGUGCUCACUUUUAUCUUAGUUGGAACCUUAACUGCCGGCCAAUUCGCUAUAUACGGUGAUAUAAAGAAGGCCCUUGGUGCCGUUGGAGGUGUCGAGAUCAGUAAAUAAACGAAUGAAUAGAUGACAUGUCUGGGAAAAGUUUGAUUUUUUGAUUGUUUCUUGUAAUCUAUCUUUUUUUUUAGGGUUUGGGUUAGACCUAGAGUUGGUGUUAAAUAGACAUUAAUAUAUCCCUCCCCCCUCAAUUAUGCUCCACUCAAUUCACAGCACGGCUAAAAUUUUAUGAUUGGCGUUGAGUUUGAGGAGUGGGGUUUCUUAUCAAUACAUACAACAUACAUCGCGGUAACCGUGUUGGGCAAACUGUUUACUGUCAACCACGACGAAAUUAGGCCGACGAACAGGGGUAUUGCCAAAGUAGGGUAACAAAUAAUUACCGGUAUCGUACUCGGUACCAAUCCCUGUUCGUCCCGCACGGUUCCGUCCUGUCCUGGGAACGGUUUAGACCACACCAGUACUAGCACCACCGUACGGUACAAGUAAUACUUGUAUCAU